AUGAACCAGCUAUCUGCACGAAGAUUUGGUGAUCAAUUUGUUUUUUUGGCGGUGACAAAUGAUGAGCUGUUCUUCUAUGUGUAUUCCUUUGGAAGCUACUGGACUGCGAAAGACACUUCCUUUCCUUCCAAAUCUGCUGAGAAGCUAAUCGCCGCCUUUGACAAAGUUGAGUCGGUUGAAAUAAAACAACUCGAAGGCGAGCGUUUACAGAUUCGGUGGGAUAAAACAGACGAGAUUGACGAAUAUAGCGCUACAUUAACAAAGACAUCCACUGACAACUUUCUUCACCGACUUACCGACAGUAUCACGGCGCAAGUUGCAACAAUCAAGGAACUAGUAUCCGCGAACGAGCAACUUAAAUCUGCCGAAGAAGCUGUAAUUCACAAGUACUCGGAUGCAGUCUUAAAGUACACUGAACGAGAACACAUACUGUUUUCGAAGUUUGCUGCAUUAUUAAACGCAAAAACUGCCAAGAUUGUGGAGCUAAUGUCUAACCGCGAAAAGAACCAAGAAGAAACCUUGAGCGAUGUAACCGUCUUCUCAGACGACGAAGAGGUUCCCGUGCCCUCCACCAGUAAACAUGUGACCAAACAACUCAUGGAGAAGCUUUCACAAAAGACCCCUCCCCCUAAAAUUGGCUGCAAAAGACCGCUUCCUCUGGCACCACCGUCGAACGAAAUGGAUCUGGAUGACAUUCUCUAG